UCGUCUCGGGCUCUUGAGUUUACCUACCUACCUAGGUGUAUAUAAAUCCCCUCGAACAAAAAGGACAACUGAAACGACAAUUUCUGGCUCUGAAUUCUCUACUCGACUUGCAUUCUUCUCAUAAUAAUCAUGGCUCCCGAUAUUGAUCACAUCUGGUCGUCUACGACUGAUAUUAAAAUUGCUCCAGCGGAUGAGCGCAAGAUUCUCAUCAAGAGAGCACUAAACCAGAAGAUUCUGGUCCCAAGCAUAUUGUCUUUGAUGCCAGCAUGGCCAAGUCAAGUCCAUCCAGAUGUUGAUGAGGUCAAUAAAGAGAUAGACGAGUGGCUGUUGACCGUCAAUAUUGCCGAGAAGAAGAAGGCGAAGCAUCGUGCCCGAGGGAAUUACACAUUUUUAACGGCCGUAUACUAUCCUGAGUGCAAGAAGAGAGAAAGCAUGCUCGUUAUAUCAAAAUUUCUUUAUUGGAUAUUCUUCUGGGAUGAUGAGAUCGACACUGGAGGAGAACUGACUGAAGAUAAGGAAGGUACUCGGAUAUGUUGCGAAGAGACCAACAAGUGUGUUGAUGACUGUCUUGGACCGAACCCCAACUACACACCUCCUCCAAAUAUUCGGGGGACGAUUGAGAUGCUAUACCCCAUCCUAAGAGAUUUCCGCGCAGGCCUUGGUCCUGCAUCUACGGAGAGACUCCGACUUGAGCUUCACGACUACAUCAACGGCGUCGGAAGGCAACAGCAGGUUCGCCAAGGAGAACAUUUACCAGACCCAUGGUAUCACUUCAAGAUCCGGUCAGAUGACGUCGGAGUUAUCCCAAGCAUCACACAAAAUGAAUAUGCUAUGGAGUUUGAGCUGCCUGAGUACGUUCGCAGACACGAAGCCAUGGAAAGCAUCGUCCAAGAGUGCACCAAGCUCACUGUGCUACUCAAUGAUGUGUUGUCUCUACAAAAAGAAUUUCGCGACUCACAAUUGGAGAAUAUUGUUCUCCUUUUCAUGAACAAAUACAGCCUGUCGCUUAAAGGUGCCGUCGACAAGGUUCUGGAUCUGAUUCGGGAGCACUACGCAAUCUGCGUCGCGGCAGAGCGGAGGCUUCCGUGGAGCGAAGAUGACGAGAAGUUGAAUGAUGACAUCAGAGAAUAUGUCCGUGGAUGCCAAAGAUUGGCUACCGGUACGGCGUUCUGGAGUUACUCAUGUGAGAGAUACUUCAAGCAGACACAGGUAAAUGAUAAAUGGGAGGUCUUGCUGGAUUUGUCAUUCGUGAACUGAAGAUGACGGUGUCGUCUAACCGUCCUUGCCGGGUGCUAAUUCCCAUGUUAUUUUCGACCCACGAUGUCGAUAGUAGCAUCUCAGGGGGGCAAUUUUGCAUAUUACUAUACGUUAGUUAGAUUGUUUUCCGCAUCACGUUUCUCAUAAAAGUGUGGAUCUUAUUUUUCCAUCGGGUACUCCGG